CUAACUUAAAAGGACAAGAAAGCAUUAAAGUUCCCUUUAAAUUACUAUAACUACUACCUUGGCUGUGUGGUUUUCAGUUAGCCCAGAACUGAGGACAUAUGCCUGAUGCAGCAGAAAUAUUUGCUGAAUGCACCAAGGUUUUCUUUCUUUCUUUGGUAAAUCUGUUAAAUUGGUGGGAAAAGUCGCAUGCCCAACGAAUGAGGAAGUUGUAUUUCACGCAAUAGGAGAAUCACUUCAAUCUCACUGCUUGUUGUAGUUACAUCAAGAGGCAAAGGCUGUCUUCAGCAAAGAGACCUAUAGACGAAGACUUGCUGUUGAAAACUAGAGAUGUUUUUUCAUAACGAACUUUACGAAACAAGUGUAGUAUAUGAGAAAUUCAGUGAUACUCUUUAUACCUGUGAUGAUGUACAGAAGAGCUGCUCAGAUGAAAACCGCAAAGCCACCUCUGAAACUCAGCGGUACAAAGUGGUUGCAAUGACCUUUGGACUUUUAUGUCUCCUACAGCUAACGUUUAUCAUUUUUCUUGCUAUUUCAGCUUCCCAGCAUAAAACCCUGAGUGAGAAGGAGAAAAGUGAACUGAGGACAACCAACUUUGAAUUCAACAUAACUAACAAGAAUCUGACUGAAGAACGAGAGCAGCUGAGGAGGAAUCUAAGGGACUCUGUUUCACAACGUAUUUCUCUGACAAUGGAGAGAGAUAGACUGAAAAAGACCAACUUUGGUAUGCAGUCCAGUCUGAAUAGUCUGACUGCAGAGAAGGAAAGACUGAUCAGGACCAUCAGUGGUACUGAGGCCAAUAACAAAAUUCUUACUGAACAGAGGGAUGAGCUGAAGAAGGAACUUAAAAACCUGACUUUAGACCUUAGUGCCCUGACUGAGGAGAGAGAUGGGUUGAAGGAGACUAACAUUGCUAUCGAGGCAAGCCUGGGAAAUCUGACAGACGUGGGAGAAAUGCUGACCAGAACCAUCCAUGUUAUAGACGCCAACAACAAAAAUCUGACCGAAGAGAGAGAUGAACUGAAGAAAGAAAUCAACAACCUUGUUUCAAAUCUUAGUUCCCUGACUAACGAGAGAGAGGAGAUGAAGAAGAUUAACCUUGGUAUUGAGGCCAGUCUGAAGAAUCUGACAGAGGAGAGUGAAAAACUGAUCAGGACCAUAAAAAAUAUCCAGUCCGAUCACAAAAAUGUGACUGGGGAGAGAGACGAGCUGAUGAGAGAGCUGAAUGUGUUUGUUUCACAGCUUGCCUCCAUGACUAAAGAGAGAGAUGAUCUCAAGAAGAUCAACUUUGAUAUCGAAGCCAAUAGUAAUACCUUAAGAGAAGAUGCAGACGAACUCAACAGGAAGCUCAAUGAUUUGGCCUCCCAACAGAAUUCCUUGACUGAAGAAAGAGACAGCUUGAUGAAAACAAAGUCACAAAUUGAGGCCAUGUCCAAAGUAAUCACACAAGAAAGAGAUGAGCUGAUGGCAAAGAUCAACGCUUUGAAACAACCAGGCUGGACGCUUUUUGGAGGCAGUGCAUACUUUGUUUCUCCUACCAAAAGGACCUGGGAAGAAAGUAGAAGUUACUGUCAGUCAAAAGGUGCAGACCUGAUGGUUAUUAACAGCAUAGAAGAACAGAAUUUUGCAAAUAAUUUCCGCAAGUACAUGUGGAUCGGACUGUCGGACCUAGAAACAGAGGGGAAAUGGAAAUGGGUGGAUGGGACACCAUUGACCACCAGCUACUGGAGUUCCGGAGAGCCAAAUGGUAGAACAAAUGAGAACUGCGGGAACAUAAAGAGUUUUAAUCUUGCGAGAAGCUGGAACGAUGAACAAUGCUCCCAUUCCCUCAACUUCAUCUGUGAAAUGAGGCUAACCAAGUAACUAAUUCAUAUUAAACAGGAAAAUAACUAAACUCUCCUAAAUAUUAAAAAACCUCUUAUUUCUAUUCCACAACAACAAAAUAAGAAUAUUUAACAGCAGCAAUGAGCAAACACAAUGGGAAGGGCAAAAAUCAUUAUUUGUCAAGAAAAAAAUUGUCUUUGUAAUGUUGGUUCCAUAAAAGGAUUGACAAACAUCAGAGUAUUAAAAUUCUUUCAAAGUAUAAUCGAAUGCAAUUGGUGCAUGCUGUUUAGAGAUAUCACAACACAACCUAAUGACGAAUGUUUUUGUAUUUCUGAGGCUCUGACUAUGCAAAGACAGCUUUAUAACCAAACACACAGCAAUUACUCUUUUUUUUUUUUUACUCUCACCUUUAUAGUUACUGCAAUAAACACGUCAAAAUAUUGUGAUAGAAUUCUAAAUCCAUGUUGCCCAUCCCUCAGGGUAAUCAUCAUGUUGUCAGAGUGAGAGGCCAGUAUUCCAAACCCAAGACAAUUAAAUCCAUUGUUGAGAUUUUAAACUGGCCUUAACGUGUUGUAUUGUGGUUGUCAAAAUUGAGAAUUGAAUAUGUAAAGUUAAGAAAAAGGGAGGACGGAGAGAGCUCUGUAAUUGUAUGUUUGAAUCGACUGUUUUCUCUGUAUUGAACUAUAUUAUUGACUGAUUGUUUUUCUUUUCUCUAAGAAGGAUCAAGUACUUAUGAUAAAUAAAUAAAGCAAUGAGUGUAUUAGUGCAGACAGGCCGAGUGGAAACUGGAGUUGGGGUGUUCAGAGAAGAGGAAGAGUGAGUGAAUGCUGGAUGGAAAAAGAUAACAACGGAUAGAAGAGAAACAGAUGUUUGCAGAUAACCUGUCCGAAAAGAGGGGAGGAUGUGGUCUGCCCGUAAUGAAAAGACAAGAGGAACAUAACCUGACAUGGGUGAGUGGAGUAAAAGUCAAGGAGCCCUUGCAACGUUGUGAAGAAGAAACCCGACCUUCAUCUCAACAGUCAAAAACAGGAACUGGUUACUCAAACCCCCUGACUUGCUGAUUAGAAUAAAGGUCAACAAGAAAGGAGAAGAUGUGAUGCUGUUGCUCGAUGCAAAGGGAGGGGUCGAGGCGUUGCAACCUCCCAACGGUUCUGUGACAAGAUAAAGAAAAGAUUAUCCGUGUGAUCGGGGCUCAGUUUUCUCGUCUCAAGGGACAGGCAGCACGGAGCAGAAGAACAAAGGACCCCGGACAGUAAAAAGGAGAGCAACGAGCCGAGGAGAGAACACCCGUCUCUGAGAAGCACCGGGACUGAGCCGUUUCCCAUUUCACUGUGUUCCUCCACAAUUAUGGGCCAACGACUUUUCAAAUCCUGUCAAGAAGAACUGCUGUGGUUUGACCUGGUCGAUGAGCUGAACCUAGAUGCCCCGAAGAUGCGAGUUGCACCUGCGAGAUGUCAGCUCCGGAGUUAGACCAUCCUCUCGAGCCAAGGAGAAGCACCUCAGGCACGGACAUCAGGGCAGAGACUCAAGGCGUGAGUCUUUGUGAGUGGGGCAUCGACGGGACAUUGGGUUUGCCAUCAAGAGAAGGCGCGUUGUUCGGCUGAACAACUCCUUAUCCAGCAAUCAAAGCCACUAGAACUUUCCAUCUGAGGUCCGGGUCAGUUUGCUCCUCCAAAUUUAAAAAUCCUCUCCUGAACACAUUAGUAAGCAGCCUUAGAUGAGAGAUAGGAUGUUGAUUAAAUAUUAAUUUGUGAUCUGUUAAAUUGCUUAAUGCUGUUUCUAAUCCCCUGCUAAAGCGUACUAAUGAAAGAAGCAUAUAAAAA